AUGUAAGAAGCAUAACGAAUCAAAGCAUCGAAUAAAAUUCAUUUAGAAAACAAAUUUACACUUAAAAAGAGUUAGCUCUUGGAUUCCAUAAGAAUCUAGAUUUCAUAGGUUUAAGAUGAACUCGAGGAAUCCUUCAUCAAAGAUAAAUCAGAGGUUAUAAAUUUGAAAACCAGAAUCAUUGCCCUACAAAAACAAGUUGAUUCCAAUAAUGAUUUAAUUCUUGAACAAGAAACUAUCAUCUAGUAGUUAAUGUUUAAAUUAAAAGCACAAGAACAUUAGUAAUUACCUCGCAAACAACUUAAUGUGGAUUAAGACUUGUUAUUUGAAUUUGAAUAAGAAUUGUCAUAACUUAAAGCAUUAUCACAUAAGCUUAGAUAAAAAGCGAAUCGCUUGUGCAGUUACUUUGUUUGUCUGCAAUUGUAUACUGCAGAUUUAGGUUUAAAAAUUCAAUAAGAUGAUUUUGAUUCCAAUCUUCUAUUUAUGCCAAAGAUUCCAGAUCAUUCCAGUUUGAUUUCUAGUUUACAAGAAUCUGAAAAGAGACUAAAGGAAAAAUUAGAAUAGCAAGUAUAAUGACAUUUAAUAAUAGGGAUGUAAAAGUUAAAGAGAUUGAAGGGGAUAAUGCUGAAUUGAAAAAAGAAAAUUAAAAUCUUAAACGAUGUCUUAAAAGAUU